UAUGUUUUAGUUACCAAAAAAAUUAAAAUAAAAAAAAAAUCAAGGGAGUAAUUUGUGAUUCCCAGGAAAUCUGAAAUAUUUGACUUCCAUAUAAAACAAUGUUGGUUUUGCCUCAAUUGGCGCCAUUAUUGCAACGUUCAGCAUUUACUAUUUGUCGUUUUUAUGCAAAGCCUACGCCGAAGGGAACCAAAAUAUCCUCCGCUUCUAAUGACACCAUGAAACAAGUACAUCAGGAAUCGUUGAAAUAUUUAAACCCUAACUGCAUGGUAAAGGUGAUAUCGGAUACAUUUGUUAAAGUCCGUUCGGCUGAUGUACACGAUUAUCCAAAUGGUGACGUCUUCAUUGCCCAAUUACGUGGAGGCCCUGCCAAAAAUUGUCCAGCAUCUAUGGACAUUAGAGUCAGUGAUGAUGAGAGUAGUGUUGAAGUAAUUGUCAAGAAAUUAACAGAAAACACUAUGGAUUUUCACUGCGAGCUAGCCGUUCCCAUAAAAGCCAGUUUGGAUAUAUGCUCGAAAAGUGGUGUUAAUGUAUCAAAAAUUUAUGGAGAUAUCUUAAAGUUGAGAGCUGAAAAGUACAUUGCUGUCGCUGAAGUCAAGUCCGAAAUAAUUGAUGUUGCAUCUGUUGAUGGAAACAUUGUAUGCCUUGGUUUGUUGUUGGGCAAAAAGACAAAGGUGGAAACGAAAAAUAAUGGUCACAUCAUUUUAGAUAAACUGCAAGGGGAUGAGAUUCUAUGUAAAACCGAUUCCGGCAACAUAUCAACUAGUUGUUGCUAUGUCGAAUCGUCGACAUUUGAAACCAACAACGGUCUUUUGGACCUGAAAAAUAUUCACAAAACAACAAAUGUACUCGUUCACCGCGAUGGAAAUCUGAAAAUGUCGGGUGUUCAUGGCAAUUUAAAGGUCGAUUUUAAUGGUAAUUCUAUGGAACUGCAAUUAUCAGAAUUGACCGGCGAUAACUGUAUUAAAGCUAACGAUGCUAAAUCUUCUAUCAUUAAUAUAUCGGAAGAAAUUGAAAAUACCACUUCAAUAACUGCAAACUUGGUGGAUUGCAACGAUUCUAGCAUUACGCUGGACUCCUCGCUACAGCAUUUAAGCUCCGGUCUGAAUGAGGAUAAGCAAUCAUUUACAUGGCCUAUCGACAAGGAGCAUGCACAUAAAUUACAGAUCUUUGGGAAAAACUCGUUGAUAUUGGGCAAAUCAUCCUGGUCGGAUAUGCUUCGUUUGCAUAUGACCAAAAGUGCGAAUAACAAUAAAAAUAAUAAUAAUUUUUAAUCUUAAGCUAGGCUUAGAUGGAUUUUAAAAUAUUAUUUUUAAAUAGCUUUACUACAACAUUAUAAUUGCGUUGGAAAAGUUUUUUGUUUUUGGUUGGUUAAAAAAUAAAAGAAAAAAAAUUAUUAUCUGA